UUGUGCACCUAAGGACGUAGUCUGUAGGUAGCUAAAGCUGAGUGAGAGUUUGAGAGAGAGAGAGAGAGAUGGAGACUGAGCAACAGGUAUCGAACGAAGCCAUGGCAACGGUGGCUGAGAAGGCACCAAUCACCGUGGAGAGGAAGGUCCGCAAUGAUCUGGAGACCAAGCUCCCCAAGCCUUACAUGCCUAGAGCUAUGACUGCUCCUGAUACGGAGAACAUCAAUGGCACAUGGGGACAUAAGCAUUGUAAUAUGUCUGUGCUUCAGCAGCAUGCAGCUUUUUUCGACCAAGACAAGGAUGGUAUCAUCUACCCUUCCGAGACAUAUAGAGGAUUUCGUGCACUCGGGUUUAAUGUCGUUGCUUCUUUCAUUUUCAUGGUUCUUGUCCAUGCAACAAUGAGUUAUGCAACUCUGCCUACAUGGAUGCCUUCACCUUACUUUGCAAUACACAUCGAAAACAUACACCGGGCAAAGCAUGGAAGUGACUCAGGGGCCUAUGACACAGAGGGAAGGUAUAUUCCGGCAAAUCUUGAGAACUUGUUCAGCAAGUACGCCUGUACCGUGCCUGAUAAGCUCACCUUCAAGGAGCUUUGGCACAUGACUCAAGCUAACCGUGACGCCUUUGAUUUCUUUGGCUGGAUUGCAAGUAAACUGGAAUGGGGAGUUCUGUAUGUUCUUGCAAAAGAUGAACAUGGCUACUUGGCAAAGGAAGCCGUGAGACGCUGUUUCGAUGGAAGCUUGUUCGAAUACUGUGCCAAGUCGCAGAAGGGUGCUGUUGGUAAACUGGGAUGAGGAGGAGAGCAUCAUAGUUUAUGACCCGUUGGUUUGUGUUUGUAU